UUUUCUCCCCCUCCACUUCCCCCAUUUUUUCUGCUUGUCCGGUCUCUGUGGGGGUGUGGGAAAAGGUUAGCUUCUGGUGCCGGAUCCCUAGGUUCUUCAUUUUUUCGUUUAGAGACUUACUUGAAUUACAUAGUGUGGGGGGUAGGAACAAGGCGGAGAGUGAGGCGUUGCACGGUAUUGUGCUUUCGACGUGUUGGGUGAUAUGGAAAGCUAGAAACAAGUUGAGAUUCAAUGGUUUGAGAAGUAGUGUGGAAGAAAUUUUUAGCGAGGUUAGAGUUAGUAGUUUUUUUUGGUAUAAACAUAGAGCGAAGAAAGGGAAGUUUGAGUGGGUAGAUUGGUGUAAAUUUGUGAAUAUGUAAGGUUUUUGUUUUUUGGUUUCCCGUCCCGGUUUUCGGGUUCGGUGGUGCAAUGAAGUUCUCUUUUCAAAAAAAAAAAUAAACAUCAAACACACACACACCUCACAUCCAUCCAUCCUCCCACACACACAGUAGCCUUUCCUAGUUACACUCCACUACCCAUUGUUUUAAUUACCUAAAAAAAGCAAAAAGAAACCCCCUUCCUUUCAAAUCCACACUUUAUUUUCUGUUUUGUUCAACAACAAUCAAGAAAGAGAGAAAACCUACACAAAUCUCAAACCCCUUUUCAUCUCUCUUUUUCUUCUUCCUCUUUUGCUCACAAUUUUUCAUUUUUAUGGAGUAAAUUUUGGGUCUUUUCUCAUUUCCCUUGUUCAAGAUUCAUCUUUUUCACCAAUCAUGAAAUACCCAUUUGGAUUCAAGCAUUCUUAUAGAAACCCAUGAAGCCUCUACCCUAAUUAAGUGACUCUGCCUUGCAGUUUCUUUCUUCAUCAUUGUCAAGAAUAUGCCUUUAAAUGUCUUUGUGUGCUAUAUGGAUAAAGUAUCUGCUUCCUUGAUUCAACCCCAUUUUCCCCUUUUGAUACAUGCAAAUCAUCCAUUUUCAAGAUCUCACCUUUGAUAAAUAUCCUUAUCUGGGAUAUUAUCUGGUUUUGAUCUUGAUUUGGUUUCAGGUUUGUUAGAUUGUUGUUGAUCAUGAAGGGGGAAACAUCAUGGGUUAGUCAUUUUCUUGAUGAAGUUCCUAAAGACAACGGGUUCGAUUCGUUUUCCGACAUUGAUGAUGAGGGUAAUAAGGACAAUUUACCCGUGAUUUCUAUUGAUUCGAUCUUGCCCGAUGAUUUACUAGAGCGGAUUCUAGUUUAUCUCCCGAUUGCAAGCAUCUUUCGGGUUGGUUGUGUGUGUAAAAGAUGGCAUGAGAUUGUGAAUUCGAGACGGUUUUUAUGGAAUGUGUCACCGGUUUCGUCACAAAAACCGUGGUAUUUCAUGUUCACGAGUUCGGAUGAACCGGUUGGAUAUGCGUAUGAUCCCGUGUUAAGGAAAUGGUACGGGAUCGAGCUACCGUACAUGGUCAAAACAUCACGAUGGUUCAUAGCGUCAUCGUGUGGGUUGGUUUGUUUCAUGGAUAACGAUAGUCGAAGCGAGCUUUACGUGUGUAACCUCAUCACGAAAUGCUGUUUUCGGCUCUGUGAGCCGCCUGGUUUACGGUUCUGUGACUAUAGCGCCCUCUCGAUGUCCGUUGAUCGGAUGUCAACGAACUACACCGUGACUGUAGUGAAAUCUAAACAAGUUCCGGACAAUUACUUCCAGUGGGACCUCUCGAUCCACGUGUACGAUUCGGUAACAAUGAUGUGGACGACAACUGUUACCGAGAUGCUGACAGGGUGGCGAGGUGGCGACGAGAGCGUGAUAUGUAACGGGGUUUUGUAUUUCUUGAUUUUCUCAACCGGGUCGUUUCAAGAGAACCGACACGGGCUUGUGAGCUAUGAUCUUUCGACCCGGUCACCCGUUCGUAAUCUGUUGACACGGGGUUUUAUCACGGUCCCGUGCUCUCUCACCUGUGGGCGGUUAAUGAACCUUAACGGGACGUUAGUUCUGGUGGGCGGGAUCGGGAAACCGGAUCGACAAGAUAUUAUCACGGGGAUCGGGAUAUGGGUUCUUGAAAACUCGAAAGAAUGGCAAGAAGUGGCACGAAUGCCACACCGAUUCUUUCAAGGGUUCGGUGAGCUUGAUGAUGUGUUUGCUUGUAGCGGGACCGAUGAUUUGAUCUACAUUCAGAGCUACGGUGCGCCGGCUCUUCUCGUAUUCGAUUUGAAGAAGAGUCAAUGGAAAUGGUCGCAAAAAUGCCCGGUUACAAAACGGUUUCCGCUCCAACUGUUUUCCGGAUUCUGCUUCGAGCCGAGACUCGAAAUCUCACCCUAGUUGUGACCAACGGGCUCGGGUCGGGGUCAGUUUCGGGCUUGUUAUUGAAGGUGUUAAGGAUUUAUGCAAUUUAAUUGUUUUUUCUACUUCAAAUUGUGUGUGUUUAACUGUUUAUGUGCAAUUCAUAUACAUGGAACAUGUUUUUAUAUAUGGAUGGAUACUUAUGUGAAUGUACUUUGAUUUGUCUAUAUGGAAAAUGGGUAAAAAGGGUUGUACCU